GUGGCAAUAGUGAUUCAACAUUUGUUUUUGUUGAGAGAGAAAUACAUUGACGAGUACAGUGGCUCAGGUGUAGUGUACUGUAGGUGGUGUAGGUGAUGAGGCUCGGACUGUAGGAGGUGUACAAGAGGCCAGGAGAUUGUACAAGAAGCCAGGAAGGUGUACAAGAGGCCAGGAAGAAGGUGUACAAGAGGCCAGGAAGAAGGUGUACAAGAGGCCAGGAAGACGGUAUAGAAGAGGCCAGGAAGAAGGUGUACAAGAAGCCAGGAAGAAGGUGUACAAGAGCCCAGGAAGAUGGUAUAGAAGAGGCCAGGAAGGUGUACAAGAGGCCAGGAAGUAAGUGUACAAGAGACAAGGGAGAAGGUGUACAAGAGGCCAGGGAGAAGGUGUACAAGAGGCCAGGGAGAAGGUGUACAAGAGGCUAGGAAGAAGGUGUACAAGAGGCAAGGAAGGUGUAGAAGGUGGUAAGGAACGGGCAAGAUGCCGCCCACGGUGAACCAGCCCCACACUGUAGACCGAGACAAGCGGCCUCGCACCGGUGAGAGGAGUCUUCCACUUCAGGAACAAAUACAUAUACGAAGGUCUGACCUGGUGAGCCGAGUGAAGUAUUGCAACACACUGCCAGAUAUUCCAUUUGAUCCCAAGUUCAUUAACUAUCCUUUUGAUUCCAAUAGGUAUGUACGUUAUAAGCAGACUUCUCUUGAGAAAAACUACCGAUAUGAGGUUUUGACAGAACAUGAUUUAGGCGUAACCAUUGAUCUUAUUAAUCCAGAGGCGUACACACCUGUCCCAGGCGCACAACUGCAUCCAACAGAUGAAAGAUUGCUUGAAGAUGACAUUCUCACUCCACAGGAUGCAAAACGUUCCAGGCAUCAUCAUGUCAAUGUUUCGUGGUUACGUCGAACUGAAUACAUUUCAACUGAGCCCACACGCUUCCAGCCACAGACUAAUGAGAAAAUUGAGGCCACUGUUGGCUUUGCCACACGUAGGAAAAAUGCUUCAGAGGAGAAUGUUUAUACUGAUCGUGAUAGCCAACUUGAGGCCAUUGAAAAAACCUUCCAAGAUGUUAAGAUUACUCUUGAGAAUCACUACAGCAAGCCUGGAGUGACUGCAGUUGAAGAACUACCAAUAUACCCAGACUUUGAUCUUUGGAAGUAUCCAUGCGCUCAGGUCAUCUUUGACUCGGAUCCCGCACCAGUGGGAAGACCCAUGCCGGCUCAGCUUGAAGAAAUGUCUCAGGCUAUGAUUAGGGGUGUGAUGGAUGAAUCUGGGGAACAGUUUGUGGCAUACUUCUUGCCCACGGACGAUACACUUAAGAAGAGGAAGCGCGACGUUGAUGAAGGAGUCGAGUACAUGGAUGACGAUGAGUAUGAUUACGUAAUGGCUCGUGAGUACAACUGGAAUGUAAAGAAUAAAGCCUCCAAAGGCUAUGAAGAGAACUACUUUGUGGUUAUACGUAAUGAUGGCGUUUUCUACAAUGAGUUAGAGACGAGAGUGCGUUUAAGCAAACGUCGCCUCAAGCAAGGUCAGCAGCCUAAUAACUCUCGAUUGGUUGUCCGUCACCGGCCCCUUAUUGCACAGGAGCACAAAAGUCAACGCUUCCGAGAAAAAAUGCUCGAGCCUCCGGGUGAAGAGGAAGAGGAGGAGGAGGAAGAGGAGGAAGAAGAGGAAGAGGAGGAGAUGGAGAAUGAAAAAGGCAGUGCCAAAGGAUCUGAUGAUGAAGGCAGUGAGAGAUCUCGAUCUCGCUCAAGAUCAGGAAGUAAGGAACCUGCCCGCAGCAGGUCAGGUUCUCGUUCACGCAGCCGAUCGGGCUCUCGCUCAAGGAGUCGUUCUCGCAGUGGCUCACGGAGCAGGUCUCAUAGUAGGUCCCGCAGCAAGACCCGUAGUAAAUCCCGCAGUAAAUCUCGAAGCAGGUCACGCAGUAGGUCCAGCAAUAAGUCUCGGAGCAAGUCCCGCAAUAAGUCUCGGAGCAAGUCCCGCAAUAAGUCCCACAGCAAGUCUAAAUCAAGGUCUCGUUCCCGCUCUGCAUCUGGUUCCCGGGCUUCGCGGUCACGCUCUCGUUCACCCAUCAAAUCAAGAUCUGCCUCUCGUUCUCGUUCUCCAAUUAAAUCAAGAUCUGGUUCUCGUUCUCGUUCUCCAAUUAAAUCAAGAUCUGGCUCUCGUUCUCCAUCAAGGAGCAGAUCCCGAAGUGGCUCCCCAGCUAGAUCAGAAAGAUCCGCUAAGUCGGGAGCUUCCAGCAGAUCGGCAAAAUCGGCACGAUCAAGUCGCAGGAGCAGAAGCGGCUCUCCAGCUGUCAAUGGUUCCGUGGGCCAGUCUGGAUCCCCUGCACAUAGCAAGGCUUCAGGCGAUGCUUCUGGAUCUGAUUCAGGAUCUGACUCGGAUUCUUCUGGCUCAGGUUCUGGCUCUGAUUCAGAUUAGCUUUUUGUGUACAGAAUACUAUUAUGUAUGAACAGAGUACAGUACAGUAUAUAAAUAUAAUGUACUAUACAUGUUUAUCAACAGUACUGUACUGGUACUGAUAUAUACUGAAUACAGUACAGUACUGUAUUACAAGUAAGUCUGGGAUGUUUUUUAAAUUUUUGCUGUAUAUCUGCUGUAUGGAUAUGAUUAUCCAGUAAUAAUUAUUUGACGACACUACGGAUGGCAAAUUGAAAGUGACCGGUGAGCCCAAGUGACCAGUGAGCCCACAUUCUGUGUCAUGUAUUAUUUUUUAUUUUUUUAUCAUUUGCAAGGUUAUGUAUUCAUACAGUAUUAUGCUAAUUUAUGAAUCAAGGGUUUCAUAAAGUUUUAGAGAACAGAUGUACUGUAACCCAGUCACAAGUUGAGCCUGGCCUCAGGACUCCCAGAACCCUCUCCAGGUAUGCUCAUGUGAAAGGAAGUGAUGACAUUUUGGUCCAUCAUGAACUCAUAGCAAGUUACAUCUGAGAAAUACAGGGAGAGUCUUGCCAUUACAAGACAAAAGAAGUGGUAAGGUUUAAGUUGAAAAAAUAAAGCAUGAAAUCCAAGCCAAAUUAUAAAGGAGAGACUUAACCAAUAAGAAAUGAACAGUAAACAAAUCUUUCUUCAACCUGUAUUUCUUGGUUUUGAUUUGAUAUGGAUCGAGGAUAGAUUGAAAUAUUGUUGCUUUCCCAUUAUUUCAUGUGUGGGUUGGGUUAUUUGUUUUUAAUCAAGUUACUGCCUGCAUCUACUCAAUAAAACAUCUAAAUUAUUAGAACCGCUUAAAA